AUGAAUUCUAUUCCGACAACUUACGAGAUACUGAAAAUUGUCAAUGAAUUCAACUACAGUACUGAGUUGCCAUCUCGGCUUAUUGUAGAGAGCACUGAAAUUGCUCUGAUGCUACCGAUCAUGGCAUUAGCGCUUUCUUUCAAUGCCAUUGUCUUUAUCGACACAUUUCAACAAAACUUUUUUCCUCCUGAUCCAAGAACUGUGGGAUUUGUGCGUGUCGACAACAAACGCUACAGCCAAUUGAAAAUGUGUCUCUGCAUUGCGCAUUUUUUCAUUCUGUUCACGCAUGGCAUGCCAAAACUUUUCUGGCUCUACAAUUUCGAGUGGACAAUUGGAGGAGAUAUCGGAUGCAGAAUAUAUCAAUUCCUUAUAUCGUUUUCAUUUAUCUCGUGCUCUAAUACGGUCGUGGUUAUUGCCAUAGACCGCCUUCGCUGCUCUUAUCAAAUGACAACUAGAGGUGUGGUUGAAAACGGCUACGUAUGGAAAAUGGUUGCCAUUGCCUGGACUUUGAGCAUUCUAUGCAGCUCUCCGCAACUUUAUCUCUGGCGGACAAUUCAACCAACAGGAACAUGGAGCCAAUGUGUUUCGAUAUUUAAGACCAAUUCAAGCAAACAGAGCGCCAGAGAAUCGCUUGUCUACGAGAUAUUUAACCAAUGCUGCAUAUUCUGGAUCCCUCUUAUUAUUAUGGUCUUCUGCUACGGAUACGUCAUUAUGCGUCUUGUGAACUUGGAUAAGAAGACUCGCGAGAAUUUACGAAUACUUCGGGAAAAUGAAAUGCGGUCUGACGGAAAGGUGGUUCAGCCAAGAUCCAAAAAGACUACAAUGUACCACAAGCUCUCUGCCACAUGGGUCUCAUUCUGCAGUUUGGCUACCCCAAAUGCAAGACAGCUGAGAGACCGGGCGGAAUAUCAGAACACUGUCUCACUAAUUGCUCGUCAAAAAAUUGGAUCUGCGAUUCUUCGUCAAGCCUGUUGGAUUGUCAGCUUUCAUGUAAUCCUCUGGGCUCCAUAUCAUGUUCUCGCUUCAAUGAGAUUUUGGGAUUUGCCGCUCUACAAUAAAGUAAUGGAAAAUGGAGGCAAUAUUCUUGAAGAUCUCAUGGUUCUCAAUUGUCUUGUGAAUCCUCUGAUUUACGGAAGAAACAAGAUCUUCAAUGAGCUUAGAAGACUAUCAGGAAAAGUUCAACCACAGCGACUCUGA